AACUUCGCAUUCACAGCCAUUAUCGGAUAAUUUUAAUAUCGCAUUUUACAGUCUUUCAUGGAUCGUGAGCUUUUGUUUUAACACAGUGUUUUAACACUUUUUAUUUAACAUAGGCCUAUACAGUUUUGAAAACUAAAAAGUGAAUAUACGAUUUGAUUUUAAAAUGGUAUUGCUAUUUCGAGACAGCUAUAAUCUCUGAAUGAAUUACAAUUUAUUUUUAAGGCCACUAAUUAAUUAAGAAAGUUUGUGGACAAAGUGCAGAUGUUUUCUAUUCAAAUUUCAAAGUGAAUGUUUAAAAUUGAAACAUUUUUUUUAAUAAAACAAUUUCAACCAAACGAAUGUAUUCAAUUGACUGAUAAUAAGUUAAUUGAAUUAAUUAAUUACCUAAUUUACUUGAUUAUUGAGUUCGUUGGCGUCUUUUCUUACGGCGCACGUGUAAGAUGAUGCGCGUACAAGCAAGAUGUGUAGUAUGGGCUAUCAUCUCCAGCUUUUUCCUGGUGUGUUGGACGACAGCUGACACAGACGCCAGCACCACAGUAGCCGUUAACGACGGUGACGCUGAUGGGGUAUCGGACCCAGACUCCACAGACCCCACUACACCUGUGGCAGACGCUGCCGGAGUCUCUGGCACACCGUUCACCGACUCCCCGGGGGUAACUUCCGUGGCAGGUACAGCUAGUGUCUCUAGUGUACCACCUGUAGACAGCUCACCGUCUUCUGAGGAAACAACAAGCACUAGGAUGACCACUGAUCUGUUGUUCACGGACUUUGGGGGUGGGGAGAACAUUACUGGAGCGUACACAUCGCAGGAGGAACUGGUCACAACCGACAUCAGCGAUUUCCCUCCAGACAGCACAGCAGCUGUUCCAGGCAGCACAACAGCUGUUCCAGGCAGCACAACAGCAAUCUCAGGCAGCACAACAGCAAUCUCAGGCAGCACAACAACAAUCUCAGGCAGCACAACAGCAAUCUCAGACAGCACGCCUGACCUAACGAGCACAGUCAGAGUUCACUCCGCCCCGAUUACAACCACGCCCGCACGAACCACGACCACGACCGCAGUAACCACAACCACACCAACCACCACGUUAAGAUUUGGCUUCUGCUCGACCCAAGAGUUCGUCGAAUAUAAAUCGGCGUGUAAACCAUGUUCAGAUUUUGGCCAAAACCCAUGUGGCCAAGAUCUAUUGGUGAAUACUACGACUUGCUCAGGGGAUUUGAUCAACACCAUGUACUGCUUGCACACAUGCAUGUACAGCCGCAGCAACAUACAUUGCUGUCAGGGAUUCUGGGGAGACGACUGCCAAGAAUGUCCUGGCGGGAUAGGGAACGUCUGUAACGGCCGAGGUGUGUGUUCGCCCCUUGGGGAGUGUGAGUGCCAGGCAGAUUUUAAAGGUACUGCCUGUGAGCAAUGUGCAGAUGACAACAGAUAUGGGCCUAACUGUCAACAAAACUGUACCUGUAUUAAUGGACAAUGUAACAAUGGUGUAGAUGGAAAUGGGUUUUGCACCUGUAACUCUGGAUAUACAGGUGUAAACUGUGAUAAAGUAAUAAGAAAAUGUGAAGACUUGAAGUGCUACACUGAGAACAUAACCAACUGGAGAUGUGUUGAUGUCAAUGGUUCCGCUGCCUGUAACUGCAGUGGUGGUUAUCGUUUUGAUGAUGAAACCACUGAUUGUGUUGCCAUAGACCCAUGUCAGGAGCCAGCGCCACCUUGUGGAACAUUUAGUCGGUGUUUGUACGUUGGACCAGGGAAGCACACGUGUGAGUGCGUAGAGAACUACAGAGGAGAUGGCACAAUCUGUCUGGCCAUUGACCCCUGUCAGACAGAUCACGGAGGGUGUGAGAACAACACAUCUUGCUUGCAUACAGGGCCAAAUAAGCACAAGUGUGUGUGCAAGUUUGGCUAUGAAAACUACAGACCCCAAGUUGGAUGUUCGUUGAAGGACUAUUGUGAUUUUACAUCAUGUCAUAAGUUUGCAACUUGUGAGACUGUAGAACCAUUUAAGAUAAGGUGCACAUGCAAGGAAGGGUAUGCAGGAAAUGGUGAUGACUGUUAUGGAAACAUUUAUGAGAGAAUUAGGGAUAUAAAUUCCGUGACAAGGUACAGAAUGAAGAAUGAUUUGGACUUUGUACUUCGCUGGAUCAGCAGAACCUACCUGCAAGCCCUCCAGUCAAAAGGUCCCUUCACCAUCUUUGUCCCAAUGGACAAGAACUUCAGGGCUGUUGGAGGUUUUGACAAGUUAGUAAGUGAUCCUCACCGCUCACGACAAGUUCUCAGACAACAUAUUCUCAUUGGCAAGUUCACCAUAGAGGAACUGAUAAAAAAGGGAAACUUCUACACACUACAGGGCAACCAGGCAGAGUUCAGAGUGCGAGAGAAUAUUGGUCGCUUUAAACUACAAGGGUCAUCUGCUAGAGCGAUCAAGAUAUUGAAGAAAAACAUCCCCGCUUCAAAUGGGAUGAUCCAUGUUGUCAACAACCUGCUGACCAUGCAGCCCACGGUCUCAGGGGAUCCUCAGAAAUCUGCACUUGAUGUCAUCAAGAAAGAGAAUGUGUACAACACAUUUGAGAUGAUGGUGGAGGCAGCUGGACUUGUCCAAGAGUUCAACAAAACCAACGUCACCAUUUUUGCACCAACAAAUGAAGCCUGGAACACUUUGUCAAAUGUUACUCUCAACUAUUUAUUGCAGGAUACAGUGGAAGGAAAAGCUAAACUUGGUGAAGUUUUGAGGAAUCACAUUUUCCCUGGCGUCAUUAAUGUGACAGAUCUGAUAGAAAGACGAAUGAUCACCUCAAGACAGGGUGUCAACGUUCUUGUCCGUGUCAACUCUUAUGGCCAGAUCCAGCUGGACAACAAGGUGACCAUACAGCAGGUCAAUGUGCCAUGUCGCAGUGACAAUUACUACUAUCACAUUGACAGUUUACUUGUGCCAUCCUACUUGGGAAACCUGUCACCCAAUUAUUGCAACGUUCAGAUGUCAAAGAAGGCAAAAGGUCCAUGUGAGCCUUGUCCUUUUGCAAGUUGUUCUCAACCCACGGACACACCCACUGACGACCUCGAGCCAUGUUAUUUCCGGUUCUUCCAACGUUGUACAAGGAUCUGUAUCAGACAAGUUGAGGUUCCAACAUGCUGUAGUGGUUUUUAUGGUCCACAAUGUCAGCCCUGCCCUGGAGGGUUUAGAACUCCUUGCAAUGGAAAAGGAAAGUGUUUGGACACAUUGACUGGUCCAGGGACGUGUCUAUGUGAUCCAGCCUACAAGGGUGUGGCUUGUCAGCUGUGCCAGAAAAAUAAUGUUUUUGGACCUGGCUGUAACCAAACCUGUACCUGUCUGAAUGGAGAGUGUGAUGACGGGCCCAAUGGUAAUGGCAAGUGUAAGCCAGGGACAUGCAGGGACCAGUACAUGGGAGACAACUGUGACCAGAAGUUGGUGCAGUGUGGGGCCAACAUCCUGCUGUGUCAUGCCCAUGCAUUCUGCUACGUCGCUAAGGACAACACAUACAGUUGUAAAUGCAAACUUGGUUAUGAAUCCGAUGGAACUGGAUGUAGAGAAAGAAACCCCUGUGAGGAGGAUACAAGAGGAGGUUGUCAUCCACAGGCAACCUGCACCAAGAUUGGGCCAGGUGCCAACAAAUGUAUCUGCCAAGAUGGCUGGAUGGGAGAUGGAUUCUACUGUGCCCCUAAAACUCCUUGUUUAAACAACUCCAACUGUGACCCCAAUGCAGCUUGCCAGAGUCUCUCAGUGACUGAGUAUCGAUGUUUCUGCAACAUUGGUUACAGAGGAAAUGGUAGCAGCUGUGAGUUGGUGAACCCAUGCUUAGAUGGUAAUAAUGGUGGAUGCCAUCCCAAGGCCAUUUGUACCUCCAUAAAGUUUGGAGAAAAAAACUGUACUUGUCCAAAAAACAUGUAUGGUGAUGGCUUUUCAUGCUAUGGAACAAUUUUUGAUGAGGUUAUGUCACACCCUAAUCUUACAAAAUUUGCAGCUUUUAUGAAGCUUUUAAAAGAGAAGAAUAAUUUUUUGAAACAAUUUGAAAAUAAACUGACACUGUUAGCACCAUCAGACUCAGCUAUGGAGGCUUUUUAUUUUGGACUCAAAUCUAAUUCAUCGCACUGGAGGGAUGAAAUUAAUGUCCUCAAUUUUAUAAGCUUCCAUACCCUUACUACAGCAUAUACAACAGAAAAAUUUAAGUCAAUGGAAAAAGUAUUGAAGAGUUACCCCACUUUGUAUGAUGGCUUUUCUAUUAGAAUCAUCAAUGUGAACAAGGGUCUCCACAUAUUUGUCAACCAUUCAGAUUUUGCACAAAUUCUUGUUGCUAACAUAACUGCAGGGAAUGGUUAUAUUCACAUUGUAGAUAAGGUGCUUGAAGUAUUUUUCUCCGACUCUGACACACCCAGCCUAGAGGACACCCUCAGCCAGGAGGAGAAUUACUCGCUGUUCUAUCAGGCACUCAAUGAGUCAGAUGUAUUAAAUCAGUUACAAUCAAUGGACGAAUUCACUGUUUUUGUUCCUAAUAAUUCUGCUCUGAAGUCAAAAGGAAGUCUGAAGUCAGGUGAUCUCAUCAAAAAUUAUGUUGUGCCAUCCUUGAUUUUUACACCCUCUGUAUUGGACAUGGACACAGUAGAUACACUUCUGGGAUCCAGAAAUAAACUCAUCUUCAAUGUAUAUGAUGAUAAGGUUUAUGUAAAUAAUGUAAAAAUUAUACGAUCUGAUGUAUUGUUUGAUGGUGGAGUGAUUCAUGUGAUAGAAGAUCUGAUUCGGCCAGUCCUCAGCAGAUGUGAUUCACACACUGCCAACUUCACUCGCAGCGAGUGCAGAAAGUGUCCGACCAAUGAUACAACAGCUUGUCCAGCAGGUUUUGAACCUGUGGAUGUACAAGAAAAUAUCUGGUUUGAGUGCAACCUGACCUCUGGUGAGCCAGGGUGUCAGUUGUUGUGUUACACCAAUCAAACCGAACCUGAAUGCUGCAUGGGCUACUUUGGUCCAACAUGCAAGGAAUGCCCUGGUGGGGCAGAAGAUCCCUGUAGUGGCCAUGGCAACUGCUCUGAUGGGGUGGAUGGGACAGGUGUUUGUGCUUGCGACAGUUUUUAUGGUGGACAGGACUGCUCACAGUGUCAAGGUCCUGCCUUCAAAUGUGAUACAGCUGGUUGUGGCCCAGAGAACUGCAGUGACUCGGCAGUGUGUGUGCUGUCAAAGUGUAUUUGUAAAGAUGGUUACUAUGGCAACGGCACAUGGUGUGAAAAGAUAAACAAUCCUUGUACAGUGAAUAAUGGUGGAUGUGACCCAGACAGAGCCAAGUGUAUAUUCCGUGGAUUCACUCCCCCUGAUGUAAAUAUAGGUCGAGCUGAAUGUGUCUGUGUAAAUGGCACUGUUGGGAAUGGUACAUUCUGUAGUAGAGACAUCUUGGAUGCCAUCUCUAGGAUAAGAAGUCUCAAGUACUUUUACAACUGGAUGCUACAUGAUGCAGUGACAAGCAACAUCAGUACCGUGCUGCAACAGAUGAACCAGUCAAUCACAUUGUUCCUUCCUCUCAGUCAGGACUGGCAAAAAUUAAAUUUCUCUAGUUUGAUGGUUGCUGGGAAGUCUGUACAGAUUGGUGUAAACAGUCACUUGAGUCUCCUAGCUGUAGAUGGUGAAACAAUUAACAUUACAGUUGAUAACAAAGGGCAGGUUUUUGCCAAUAAAAUUUUAGUGGUAGAAAAAAACAUCCAGACUUUGAAUGGAGUGUUACAUCUUACUGCAGCCCCAAUCAUUGAAUAUCAGGUCAUAGCCCAGACAUCUGCCUCACGCUUGUUUAAUAAAACACGAACAACAACAAUAGUUGUGUGUUUAGUGCUAGUAGCAAUGGUUGGACUUCUUGUUGUGGCUGGUAUCAUUGUGUAUAAGAAACAAUACUACAAGGGCUUUCUGAACAUUUUCAAGAGAUCAGACUCUGGGUCUGAGAGUAAUUUAUCAUUCGCUCGCCUAAGUGCACAAGAGGAAGAUGACGACUCACUGAAAGACACAGCCAAAUAUGAUAAUCCAAUUUUUAAUGACCCAGAUAUUAUGUAAAGCUAUGAUAUUCUAAUUUUAAGUGACCUAUAUGUUAUUUUAAGCAAUACAUAUUCUAAUCCUAUAGUUAUUAGUUUUUAUAAUAGGCCUACAUGUGCUAAACUUGUGGUUCAACCAUAUUAACUUGUGUAUGUCUUAUUAAAAAAAAAUAUUUCUUUACUUGUUGAAAACUUAAGUUUUUUCUUUUGUUUUUAAUUCUUGUGAAGUUAUAAUUGGGGGACGGCAUGGUCUAGCAGUAGAGAGCUAGAUUGCUAACCCAAGAGUCUUGAGUUCGUAUCCGGAUUCAAGUCAGUAGAAUGUCCCUGAGUCCACCCAGCUCUGAUGGGUACCUAACUCACAUUAGGAAACAAAGGUAGCUGGGCAUAGUGCUAACCAUGAUAUCUCUUCAUAUGCUGAGGUCUUUGAAGCAGAUGAGCUCUACUUCAUCUGUCUUGGGCAAGAACGGGAAAUGAUGAAGUUAUAAUUAUUUUUAUCUUCACGUAGUAUAAUUCAAUUUAACCAUUAUAUGAUUAUAUUUCCCGCAAUUCACUUUAAUUUUUAUGUGAUUUUAAGUUCUCACAAUUAACAUUGAUUGCAUUGAAUCCAACAAUAAAAUUGGCCUUUUUGUGAUUACAUUUAAACAUGCAGUGUUCCAUUUAUUGACAGUGGUUAUGUUGGGAUUAAAUCAGCAGCAUACACAGUGGACUGUACUGUAGACUACUUAUGAAGGGUGUCUGAAUAUAUCAAUGUAGCAACUCAGAAUAUAGCCUGAAGCAACACAACUUAAAAUUGAUUUAAUAGUUUGAGUUCCUCUUUCAGACCUAACCAUCCUUAGGGCAGAUGAAGUAGAGUUCAUAUAUUUCUUAGCAAAGGAAGGGAUGAUGUGGUCAGCACUCUGCCUGUCUUUUCUUUUCCUAAUGUGAGUCAGGUAGCCUACGGUCCUAAAAACAGAGCUGGGCGGAUUCUGGAACAUCCUCAAAUCUCAAGCCCAGGCCAAGAUCAGAACUUGAGAUCUUUGAGGUUUGCAGUCCAAACACUCUAUCCCCUGACCACACCAUUCCCAAAUUAAAUAACAAGGACUGGCAUAAUAUUACAAAAUUCAUGUAGGCCUUUAUAUGUUUCAAAACAAUUUGACCACCCAUCUGUUUUGAGUUGGUGGUUAGAGUGAUUUCCCUUGUGAAUAAAUCCUACUAGUGUUCUUGACUCCAUAAUCUAAUGCGGGCAAGAGACACUUUUUUAUCAGCUUAUAUUGUGACAUGUUCAGAUAUUAUGUGGUAUUUAACUAGCAAUGUAAUAUUAGCUUGAAAUUUAAUAAAAUAAUUUUUUUUUCAUGUUUUAAAAUUCUGCUUUACAAGUAUAAGAUCUAUGUACUAUUCAUUGUAUCUACCUUAUCUAUGCACUGUAAUUUAAACCAAACUAAACAGCAUAACAAUUUUUAAUAAUAAAAUGUUUAUUAAAUGCCUUUAGGUUUUUUUUUU